UUUCCUGCGGCCCGAGAUGUCGCGCAUUCACGAUCAGUCGUUCUGCUCCGCCGGACUGGGGUGCGUUCAUCUGAUUGUAUCACCGCGUAGUGUUGUAUAAUUUACUCGUGUGUUCCAGUCGUUCGCAGACUCCCGGGAAAACUAUUUUCUCCGAGCGUUCCUCGUUCAUAUUGUUUCGUAUAAUAUUAUACUAUCAUUAAACUGCUGACGUCGUUAUUCGAAUUUUUCGUUUUCAUUUUUCGGUAAUUUUUUUUUUUUUUUCGUCUCCGUGUCUUGUUAGCCACCCCCGAGUGGAGGGCACCUAAAGACCCGCAAGCGGUAUUCGUGUCGUCGUCGUUCGCCGGUCCCAAUCGCUUCGUGCUGACGGGACAUUUUUUCCACCCCAUAUCUGUGGCACCUAGACAUGUGACAUGAAGGCCACAAUUGUAAUCAAAACAAUUGUACUGAUGACCCUUUUGGUCGACGAAAUCUCCAGAGCUUACGCCAAACACCGCGAAGGAAAAUACAAAGGCACCCACUGGUGGGGAAUUGCAAAAGCUGGCGAACCUAAUAAUUUGGCUCCUAUGACCCCUGGCCUGAUGCUCAUGGACUCGUCAUCGUUAACGUUACUGCGCAAUAAACAGAGGAGGAUGAUCCGCGAACAUCCGGGCGUAUUACAAGCAAUCAGCAGAGGCGUCAAUAUGGCACUGCAAGAGUGUCAGCACCAGUUCCGGAACAGGCGUUGGAACUGUUCAACCAAGAACUUCUUAACCGGCAAAAACUUGUUUGGCAAAAUUGUGGACAGAGGUUUCAGGGAGACGGCGUUCAUCUACGCGAUCACCAGCGCAGGCGUGACGCACGCGGUGUCCAGGGCGUGCGCGGAGGGCGUGAUCGAGACGUGCACGUGCGACACCACGCACCAGCGACGUGGCCCGUACAUCCAGAACUCUGUUCCGGGCGUCAAGGACUGGGAGUGGGGUGGUUGUUCGGACAACAUAGACUUCGGCUACAAGUUCUCCAGGAUGUUCGUGGACACUGGCGAGCGGGGCCGCAGCCUCCGGGAGAAGAUGAACCUGCACAACAACGAAGCCGGCCGCAUGCACGUACAAUCGGAGAUGAAACAGGAAUGCAAGUGUCACGGCAUGUCGGGCUCGUGCACGGUGAAGACGUGCUGGAUGAGACUGCCCAUAUUCCGUUCGAUCGGCGACAACCUCAAGGACAGGUUCGACGGCGCGUCCAGGGUGAUGGUCGGCAACGCGGGCGGUCUUCGCAGGAUGCGGAGCAAGGACAACGCGCAGAACAAGCACUACGAACAGGAACAGCCGCAGGAACAGUCGCAGGACCAACUUACGGAACAGCAGACGCAACAGAACGGCGGCGGAGGCGGUGGCGGCGGCCGGGGCAGAAGGCGCGGCGGCGGCCGGAACAGAUACAACUUCCAGCUGAAACCGUACGACCCCGAUCUGAAGGCGCCCGGCACCAAGGACCUGGUGUACCUGGAAACGUCACCCGGGUUCUGCGACCCGAACCCGCGCCUGGGUGUACUGGGCACGCACGGUCGCUCGUGCAACGAGUCGUCCCUCGGCUUGGACGGGUGCGACCUGAUGUGCUGCGGCCGCGGCUACAAGACCCACCAGGCCCUGGUGUCCGAACGGUGCAACUGCACUUUCCUGUGGUGUUGCGAGGUCAAGUGCAGCGUGUGCCAGUACAGGAAGACAGUGAACACGUGCCAGUAGACCACGCACCGCAUGCAACUGCAUUGCGGUCGCAACCGUGGCGGCGGUGGCACGGGACCAGCUGGCGGCGCUAAUAUGACAUCAUUCCAUUCAUCCAUCAUUCCUAACGCAUGUAUAACACUAUUAUACUCGAUUUACAUAAUUUACGUACAACUGUGCACAAAACACGUUCGCGUCUAAACGUAAAUCAUUAUUAUCAUAUUUUCUACGAUUUCUGUUCAAUAACCAUUUUACAUUAUCCAUUUUAUUUUUAAUAAUGAUUAUCAUUUAUAUUUAUAACGCGUCCGCUUUGCGCGCGAUCGUUGAAAACGAAUACACUCGACGCACCACUCACACCGUCCGCACAAUAUCUCAGCUGUGGCCAAAAUUCCGUCCGCUCCGUUGCCGUUUUUCGAAACGUACAGUAUGCGCGAGACGGGCGAACGGCAUUGUGCGUCGUGAAUUUCGUUUUGAACGAUUUUUUUUUUUUUUUUUUUAAUUAUUGUAAUACUUCGACUUUCUAUUUUCAAUUUUUUUUU